GAUUUGCCAUAUUAUAUUUAUGGAUGAAUUUCGUAUUUUACACGUUUAUCAUUUUUUUAAUUUUCUCAAUUCGAAAAGAUCAACAUAAUGGCAAUCCCACCACUAGUGAGUUCAACUCCACCACCUUUGGAUAACUUUGGAGAAUCUGAUGAUGAUGAAUUUGGAGAUUUUACUACUGCUGGAUUUGAUAGCUCAUCAAUAGCUUCGGAUUCUCCUCGUAAAUUAUCUACUCCCAUAUCAACUCCAAUAUCUUCAUUAUGUGGUACACCAAAGGUAAAUGGAAUAACAAAUGUUUCACAAAUGGUAGCAUCACCAAAUAUCAAUGAAAUUAUUGAGAGAACAACAACUGACGAGAUUUUAAUUGUUGAAAAAACCAAUGAUGUGAACUAUACAAAUGUAAACUAUAGGACAAAUAGUGAUAAUGUUAAAAACAGUGACUUUGAUAGUAAUGGUUUAUCUUGUAUUAGCAGUUUAGUUUUGCCUAACCAUAAUGAGAUUAAAAAUUUUAAUAGUAAUAGUGAUAGUUUGAACCUUUUUCAUGAUAAUUAUGUAAAAAAUAUUGUUAAUAAUAAUGUAAUAAGUAGUAACAAUAGUAGUUUGGAUGAUAGUGGUAAAACAGGUAGUGAAUUGGAAGAUUCAUUGUGCAAUGUAGAAGGUAAUGAUGAUCCUGAACCAUUGAGUUUAAUUUUGGAUGAUCCAAGCAGUGUUUCAGACAUACAUCAAAAUUUAGAAAAUGAUUUUUAUGAUUAUGAACAUUUUAAAGAUCUGUUAGAACCUGAUAGUCCUAUUAGAAAUAAACCAAUGAUUAGUUUGACACUUAAUUUACAAGAGCAAUUUCAAGAAUCUAAAGUACAAAAUGAAAUAUUUACAAAAAAUAAUUCAUGUUCUGGUCAUAAAUUUAAUGACAGCAAUGGAUUUUUAUUAUUCAAUACGGAUAGUUUUCAAUCAAAAUUAGGUAAUAAAUCUAAUUUCAUUGAUCAUAGCAACUUAAAUCAUAACAAAACUUUAGGACCUAAUUUUUCUUCAAAUGUACAAAUUAAGAAUGAUAAAUAUGAUGUAUUUACAAAUUAUAAAUUUAAUGAUUCACCGCAACAAUCUAUUAUUGAAAUUAAUUGUGAUGAUGUAAAUUUUGAAUGUAAAUCUGUAAUAAGUUCUGCAAAUUUUAAUGUAAGCUUAACUGAUUUUUCUACUGAAAAAUUAAAUAUAGAUUAUAAAUUGGCAGAUAAUGUUUUCGAUUUUAAUAGAGACAAUAAUUGCUUUGAAAAUUUAAAGCAAGAUUAUGUUUCAAAUAGUAAAACAGAUAAUUUUCAACAAUCAAAAGACAAUAUCCCUGAUAUAAAAACCACUGAUAUUAUUGACGACUUUCCAAAAUCUAUGAAUAUUAAGGAAAUGGAUUGUGCAAGUAAUUAUAAAAAUAGUAGUCCUGAAGGUAAUAUACAAGAUAGUCUUAAAAAAGAAAUUAACUGCGAUUUUUUUGACUUAAAACAGCAAGAAGCUUUUUAUAAACCAAUGUUUCAAAAUGAUUUUAUUGAUAAUCACGAUAAUAGUUUAAAAUCAAACAAUGCAAUUGAUAAAUCAGUUUUUACUAUAAAUAAUUGUAUAUCUAACUUUCACUCACCACUGACGAACUUAGAAAAUGUUUCUGUCAAUGAUGAACUUCGUGAAGUUAAUGAAUAUAUGUCUGAUGCCUGUGACACAGUAAAAAAAUCAAUAAUUAAUGGAAUAGAAAAUCAUAUUGCAAAUUAUGAAACAAAAAAUUUAGAUACAGAACAAUUUGAAACUUUUUUAUCAAUAUCUGAUAAUGAAUUUGGUGAUUUUGCUGAUUUUUCUAGUGUUUCUGUAAAAGAAUACACAAAUACAAAUUUAAAUAAAAAUAUUCAACCAUCUGAAAUAUGUACAUUCGAUAAUAAGUCUAUUGAUGAUUUUGCUGAUUUUGAAUCAUCUAUACCUGUAAUUGAAAGAUCGGUUAAUAUAAUAGAGUCUAUGUUUCAUAUUGAAAAUAAGAAUGCUGCAAACAAGAUUGAAGAUAUAGUUACAAAUAUGUUUCCAUCGAUUACUGCAAGUCCUAGUGUGGCUUUGCAAUCUUUAAUUAUUAAAACUGAUAAAAUAUGGAAAAACUUAAAAAGUGUUGAAGAAACUAAUGCUCUUACUUAUCAGUGGUUAAACAGCAGUAGCAAUAAUAUCCUUUUAAGUGCUUUAGGCAUCGAUUCUCGUAAUAUAUUAUUUGGACCAAGGUGGAAUCCUAAUAUUCCAAGAUUUGCUGCUAAUUUAGGUUACUCGCCUUUAGAACCAGUAAAAGCUUUUAAUGAUAUACAACAAAUAAUUGCAUCAAAUCAUAAUAAAACAAGUUCUGCAGUUACAGAAGAGGUACCAGCUGCGCAAUUUGAUUGGCAUAGUUCAGGAUUGAUUAAUCCAUUAGAUGAAGGUGGCGGGUUAUCUGCACUUCUACCACUGGAUCUGUUAUAUCCUUUUGAUCCUUUACUAACAUCUCACUAUCCCAUACAUUUUAAAUCCUAUCAUCAUGCUGCUUCUACAAGGAACUCUAUAUACAAUUAUCCUACAGAAACUAGUUCUUGUAAAAAUUACAAACAGACUCAAUUAAGUAAAUCAUAUAAAUCAAGUAAUAAACAAUCGGAUACUCUACCCAAGCCCCUAAAACAACUACAAAUUUCCAAAAUAAUAGAACCGUUACCUGGACCUAGUAUAAUAGACUGGAAGAAAGUGGAUUCAGAAUCAAGAACAAAAAAUGAAAUUCUUAAAACUUUGAAACUUUCUCAAACUAAUAACAGUGUUAACAAAUUAGAUUCAUUAAAAUCUGAAAGUAAUAAAUCUGAAUUACACAGAUAUGAACAACAAAGAAAAUUGACGUCCAGUAAAAAAGAAAAUGUACAGAAUACAGAACAUGUUGUAUUAGAUAGAUUCGGUAAACCGAUGACCAUAAGAGCAGAAACGAUGAAAAUAUUAAAACAGUUACCGGAUAUAUCUUUUUUAAGUGCACGAACAUUACUUUAUAAUCCUGAUCAAAAACAAAUUGUUCCAGAUUUAGGUGCAAUGAUAAAUCGUAAAAUGCCCGGGUGAGUAACGUCGGUCUGAAUAUAAGUCGAAAAGAUAAAGGCUAAAACUCAUUUUAUUCAUCUAACUUUAUUCAUAGUUACAACUUUAUAUAUAAUAAAUAAAUUAUACUUU